GAUAUUUCUGACACACUGAGGGGGCCAGCGGAGCAAGGCGGCUUGGCUGCUUGUGGAUGGGGGAUUGGGAUCUGGACCCUCUUCGGGCUGAUUUUCCCUUAUAGUCAUCCGGACACGAUUCCCAGCUAAGAAAUGCGCUGCACCCGGCUAUUAUUAUUACCUUGAUAGUGGGUUUGGAUCCGGAUUUCUUUGUGUGAGCAACGAGCAACUGGACAGAGAAGCGGCCUCUCUUCUUGGAACUUCGUGGCCAUGAUGUCAACGGAUUAUUCCCUACAGAAGGAGGCGGGGAGGAUCCUGCAUGAGGUCCUCCUCAAAGAUGACCGCCUCGGCCUGCCUCAGAAGGUCAAGGACAUAGCGUCCAAGACGACCUUCGACUCCUCCGCCAUGUCGACGCCGUUCAUCCCGGCGCCCCUGAAAUUCACAGAAUCCAGCGCCGCCCUGUGGGGGCUCGCGGCCUCGAUCGGCAACGCCAUUGUGAAGGAGCGCUUCGGCAUCGAGCAGGGCGUCUCCAUCAACACCGACAUUGCCAGUCUCUUCCUCGGCUCCGCCGCCAUAUGCCGCGUCGACGGCAAACCCAUCUCCGACCCCGGAAUCGCCGUCCGGUGCCAGAAGUACGAUCUCGGCCGGACGAGUCAGCCGUGGCGGCGCCUCUGCACGAAUGUCUAUCCGACCAAGGACGGGCGCUAUUUCCACCUCCACGGCAGCAUGAACGCGGAUAAGACGCUCGCCAUGGUGGGUCUCCCCGAGGAGAGGCACGAGCUGACGUCGGUGGACGACGUGAUCCGGGAGUACUGCGGCGUGAUUUCGCACUUGGACAGCGAGUGGCUCGACACCGAGGCCAACCUGCAUUGGCGGCAGGCCGGCACCAUCUGUCUGACGCCGGAGGAGUUCCGCGCCUCAGAACAGGGCAAGGCCAUAGCGGAUGAUGCCAUCUUCUCGCUCGAGCAGUCCGCCACGGACGUGCUACCGCCGGUGCCCUACCGUGCCGUCGACCACAACAACAGCAACAGCAACAACAAGUUCCGACCGCUUGAGGGGAUCAAGAUGCUCGACCUGUCGCGCGUCAUUGCCGCGCCGACCAUCGCCAAGCUGGCAGCCCUGUUCGGCGCCACCGUUGUGCGCGUGUCAUGCGCGUCACAGCCGGACAUGGGCCCGCUACUAGUCGACGGCAACCUAGGCAAGUACGACGUGUCUCUGGACCUCAAAAGCGACAGCGGGCGCGCCAAGCUGCGCAAGCUCGUCUACGACGCCGACGUCGUGCUCGACGGCUAUCGGCCACAGGCGCUGGAGCGCCUCGGCUUCGGCGUCGACUACCUUCACACGGUGGCGCGGCGCCGCGGCCGCGGCAUCGUAGUCGUCCGUGAGAACUGCUACGGCUGGCACGGCCCCAUGGCGAACCGCUCGGGAUGGCAGCAGAUCUCCGACUGUGUGACGGGGUGCAGUUGGCUGAUGGGCAAGUUCCUCGGCCUGGACGAGCCCGUGGUUCCGCCUCUACCCAACUCGGACUAUCAGACUGGAGUUGUCGGGCUCGUGGGCAUUCUCCUCGCCGUAGACAGGCGAGCGCAUGAAGGCGGCAACUAUCUCGUCGAUGUGUCCCUCAACCAGUUCAACCAGUUCCUCAUCUCGCUCGGGGAGUACCCGGCCGAGAUCCAAGACUCGCUGAGGAAGCUGCAUCCCAACUUCAAGCCUCGCCAUUUUGACGACAUGAACUCCCUCGUUGCCAAGGUUUUCACGUCACUCUACGCCGGAACUCCGCAGCUCUUCCAGCCGAAGUACUUUGACAACAUUAAGAGUAACUUCGGGAAGCGGGACGGCGAGCUGGAGACGCUGACGUACGUUGGGUCGGCUGCUUCAUACGACAAGACGAAGCUGGGAUACGAUGUUGGGAGCUGCUUCUUGGGAACGUAUGAGCCAGUGUGGCCGCAAGGGGCGUGAUAGAUGGGGACUGUAGAUACUUGGACAUAAUUAUUGAACAAGCAAGGGAUGGGAUGAUUAUUAAACAAGACAGCGCAUCGAUCGCCGUAGAAGUUGCCAGGAUAGCUAAUUCCAUCCACCGCUACGCCUCAAACCGGCACCAUGUGC